AUGCUCGAACUGAUUGACAACGUGGUGGUGCUGGGCUCUGGAGCGGCCACGUGGCACCUGAACCGUACCCUGCAGCUCUACAGGGAGACGGUCAACCCGGGCCUGCAGUUCGUCAACGUCGACCUCAUUCACACUCAGGCCGAGAACAGCCACCUGAAGGACGACCCCCUGAACGUCAACCUGUUUGGCUUCAGCGACCAGAUCCUGCGGUUCGUGGCUGACCGCGGCACCACGGGUCAGCUGGCCGCCGUGGAGGCUAUCGAUGUCAAAUACAACCUGCGCCGUGACAUCAGACUGCCGGCCAUCAACCUGCGGGAGGCCAUCCUGGCCUCCGAGGCCGGCCUGGGCGUGGCACGCUGGCGCACGGUGCGAGUUUUCAUCUCGUCCACCUUCCUGGACUUCCACGGCGAGCGUGAUCUGCUGAUCCGUCACGCGCUGCCGGAGCUGCGCAGCCGCGCCCGGGCGCUCCGCCUGGACCUUCAGGUGGUCGACCUGCGCUGGGGAAUCACUGCUCAGGACGCCGAGAGCGCCAGGCAGGUGGAGCUGUGUCUCUCCGAGGUGGACCGCUGUCAGCUGUUUGUGGGCCUGCUGGGCGCGCGUACCGGCCAGACCGCUGACACCAGCCGGGUCACAGACCCGCGUCUUCUCGAGUUCCUGGCCACCCAGAAGGACGAGCUGUCCCUCACCGCCCUGGAGAUGCUGUACGCCACACGGGACGCGGAGCGGGCCCGCCAGACGGCCGUCUUCUACGAGCGGGACCCGGCCUUCAUCAG